UUUUAAACUCUGCGUUUUGGCAGUGCUAGCGAAAUACACGAAUUCAAGAGUUAUUUUUCUAUUGAGAAGAGAGAAGCGGAUUUUUUUUUUUUCCCUUUUGACUCCAACCCUGUCUCCCAGUGACAAAGCAUAAAUCAUGGACACCAGAAAAUAAGGUGGAUCUCAGGAACCGUGCGAAGACUGGGGAGAGUGCAUUCUUCCUCGCGAGGGGAGGCUGGGUGUUUUUUAGUCCUUUCUGGAACCUAAAACGAAAAACAUGAGUUGUGUGCCAUGGAAGGGAGACAAAGCCAAAUCGGAAUCCGUGGAGCUGCCCCAGGCAGCGCCCCCACAAAUCUACCACGAGAAGCAGCGCAGGGAGCUUUGUGCCCUCCAUGCCCUCAACAACGUCUUCCAGGACAGCAACGCCUUCACCCGCGAAACGCUGCAAGAGAUUUUCCAGAGGUUGUCGCCAAACACUAUGGUGACACCCCACAAGAAGAGCAUGCUGGGAAAUGGAAACUACGAUGUCAACGUCAUCAUGGCCGCCCUUCAGACCAAAGGCUAUGAAGCUGUGUGGUGGGAUAAGCGCAGGGAUGUUGGUGUCAUAGCUCUCACUAACGUCAUGGGCUUCAUCCUGAAUCUGCCCUCCAGCCUGUGCUGGGGUCCGCUGAAGUUGCCUCUCAAAAGGCAGCACUGGCUCUGCGUUCGAGAGGUGGGAGGUGCCUACUACAACCUCGACUCCAAACUCAAGAUGCCUGAGUGGAUUGGAGGCGAGAGCGAGCUCAGGAAAUUUCUAAAAUAUCACUUGCGAGGAAAGAACUGUGAACUCCUGCUGGUGGUACGAGAAGAGGUGGAGGCCCUCCAGAGUUGGAGGGCGGAUGUAUAAUGAGGUCCUGCCCACCCUCCCCACACCUCAGCCCUGUCAG